AUGGACUGCCUCCAGAGGUUCCACCUCCUCGAAGGACUUCAGGCUGAGACAGGACGUCCUGGUGGGCAUUCCUGUCCAGAAAAGGUUCGCCCAGGGCUGCCUGUUUCCAAGCUGGACGUGAUGUCCCUGUUGGAGAGAGGAGAGGCGUGGUGGAUGCCCAGAGGAGACGUGCUGAGGAGAUGCCCCCCGGGGAAGAACCAUUAUAAGUAUCCUACUUGCAGGAAGCCCUUCAGUUACCACUCAGACCUAAUUAAAUUUCAUAGACUACAUGCUGGAGAAAAGCUACAUGAAUAUAGUGAAAGUGGAAAGGCCUUUGGCCGAAGACCAAACCUGACUGAACAUCAGAGAAUUUAUACUGGAGAAAAACCACAUGAAAUUGCUAAAUGUGGAAAAGCCUUCAGUGAUAAGAGACUCUGGAUGCAGCAUGAAGGAAUUUAUACUGCAGAGAAACCCUUUGCCUGUCAAGACUGUGGGAAAGCCUUCACCUUUAUCCAGAGGGGAGACCUUAAUAGACAUCAGAGGACUCAUACUGGAGUGAAACCUUUUACAUGUGAUGAAUGUGGGAAAACCUUCAGAGAGAAGGGAGCCCUUAUUAGACAUCAGAGGAUUCAUACUGGAGUGAAACCCUUUGAAUGCAAUGAAUGUGGAAAAGCCUUCAGUGCAAAGGGAACUCUUAUUAUACAUCAGAGAACUCAUACUGGAGUAAAACCCUUUGAGUGUAAUGAAUGUGGGAAAGCCUUCACAGAAAAGGGAGCCCUUAUUAGACAUCAGAGGACUCAUACUGGAAUAAAACCCUUUGAGUGUAAUCAAUGUGGGAAAACCUUCAGUAGGAAGGUAUACUUUAUUAAUCAUCAGGUAAGUCAUACUGGAGUAAAGUCACUUAUUUAUAAUGAAUAUAGAAAAGCUUUCAGUCCAGAAGGAUACCAUAAUAACCAUCAGAUAUCUCAUAUUGGAGUAAAGCCUUUUGAUUAUAAUGAAUGUGAGAAAGAUUUUGGUCUGAAGGGACAUCUUGAAAGUCAUGAAAAAGCUCAUGCUGGAGACUGUGAAGCCUUUAGUGAGAAGGGAUACCUUGAAAGUCAUAAGAGAGCUCAUCCUGGAGAGAAAUCCUUUGAAUAUAAUGAAUGUGAGAAAACAUUCAGUCUAAAGGAAUGUCUUGAAAGUCAUCAAAGAUCUUAUACUGAGGAGAAAUCCUUUGAAUAUAAUGAAAGUGAGAAAUUCUUCAGUGAGAAGGAAAAACCUAAUAGACAUCAGGGGACAGUUAAACCUUUUGAAUGUAAUGAAUGUGGCAAAGCUUUUAUUGCCAGGGGAAGCCUUAUGAGACAUCAAAUAACUCACACUGGAGUGAAACCCUUUGAAUGUAAUGAAUGUGGCAAAGCCUUCAGCCAGAAAGUACACCUUAUUAAACAUCAGUUAACUCACACUGGAGUGAAACCCUUCAAUUGGCUGCUUAUCCACCUUUGGUGUCCACCUCUCAGCCAAUCCAUACCUGUGGCUCUAAGAGGCAUAGCAUCCAGCAAACCAUCCCAGCAGGUGGGUUAA